CACACUUUAAAGCUAUUUAAACAAGAGCUAUCACGCAGUGUAUACAAGUCGCACAGGACUAGACUGGAGGUCGAAAGAACGGGGAGGCCAUGUUGGAUUUACAGUGAACUUCUCGUGUGACCCACACAUCAGAAAUGCAUCCCCGGCGCAGUGCGCAGGAAGUCCUACUGUGUGACCUCUGUGAAACUGUCCCCCUACAGAGUCACUGUGAACUUUGUAAUAUAAAUCUCUGUGUUAACUGUGUCGGUAAACAUCUCUCCGAUUCCUCUAAAGAUCACAAUAUCGUGCCCUUUAUAAAACACAUAAAGUCUACCCCUAACAACCCAAAAUGUCCGAAACACGCCAACAAACAUUGUGAAAUGUUCUGUGAGAAAUGCGACGUUCCUGUCUGUUCUACUUGCGUCACUUCAGGUAAACACAAAGGUCACGAUAUAUCAGAUGUUCUGGAAAAACUCAGCGCUAAAACAGAAAGUUUACAAAAAGAUUUAGAGGAACUAGAGAGCAGAAUUUAUCCCCGAUAUGAAGAAAUGGCGUCCGGUGUCCAAACUGAGAAAUCCGAGUUAGAAACGAAUUACGGGAAACUGACAACAGCUGCCGACCAACAAGGAGAAGCCUUACACCGGGAGGUCACCGCCAUUGUCAACCAGCGGAAAUCCGACAUCCAGGAGAUGAAAAACAAACAUAUGGCCGCUCUAGAUAAAAACACAGAUGAAAUUACACAGAGAAUUACAGAACUUAGAAAGAUCAUUGAGGACCUGAAGAAAAUACUGAACACCAAGGACGUCUCUCUAACGUCUACUUACAAAUCUAGGAAUGGUGAGUUCCGGCAAUUACCUCCUGAAGUCCGAGUCACAUUACCGAGUUUAUCUCCUCAGAAAAUAAACACAGAAAAGCUCCGUGAAAUGUUUAGUUCUCUGUCGCCAUUAUCCAUUAACACAGAACAAGGCGACACAAUGAAGUCAGCAGAAGCUGUAUCGUCUCCUCCAGUCAAACCACUGCUUGAUGAGCCGCGCGUCACCGCCACCAUAGACACUGGGUAUAGACCACUAUACAGUGUUAGCUGUCUGAGUGAAGAUCAAGUCUGGACACUCGGGGAGAACAAAACCAUGAAGCUGCUCAACCUCCAGAGUAAACUACUGACAUCAAUACAAACCAAGUCAGGGAUACCACCGCGGGACAUAGCAGUGACACGGGACGGAGAUCUUGUUUAUACUGACGAUAGUAAUAACACCGUGAACUUAAUUAAGAAUAAACAGAUACAGACCGUGAUCACACUACAGGGGUGGAGACCUGGCUAUGUCUGCUGUACCGCGGAUAACGAUCUCCUGGUUACCAUGGACAGUGAUGAUUGGAAACAAUCCAAAGUCGUGCGUUACUCCGGCUCCACAGAGAAACAAAGCAUUCAGUUUGAUGAUCAGGGUCGUCCUCUCUACUCAUCUGGUGGUUACUAUAAACACCUCAGUGAGAACAAGAACCUGGAUAUCUGUGUGGCUGACUGUAACGCUAGAGCAGUAGUGGUGGUCAAUCAGUCAGGAAAACUCCGAUUUAGAUACACUGGUCAUCCCUCUAAUACCAAGCAAUCAUUUAAUCCACGCGGCAUCACUACAGACAGCCAGAGUCACAUCCUGACAGCAGACAUUAACAAUAACCGUAUCCACAUCCUAGAUCAGGACGGACAGUUCCUCCGUUACAUUCACUGUGAUAAAUACUAUCCAUGUGGUUUAUGUGUGGACAUCAGAGACAACCUCUUUGUAGCUGAGUUUGACACUGCUAAAGUGAAGAAAAUCCAAUAUCUAUAAUCACAGUGUUAAUUACACAUCUCUACAGUGUUAAUUACAUCUACCAACACAGUGUUAAUUACAUCUACCAACACAGUGUUAAUUACAUCUACCAACAGUGUUAAUUACACAUUUAAAUACAGUGCAAUUUACAGCAAUGUGUUAAUUACAGGUCUGUGUUCACUACAGUGCUGUGUUAAUUACAGUUCCAUGUUAAUUACAGCCCUGAGUUAGAGAUGUGUAAUUAACGUGUAUUGAAUCUAUUGACACAGUAGUUGUGUACUUGUGUUUGUGUGUUUAACUGAGUGAACAUUUGUCUCUCACUGCUGUUUAGUAAUAUCUGUAUUAUUAAUGAAUCACUGUUAAUCUUAGUAUAUUGAUUACUAAUUUGACUAAGUUACUAGUUAUCAAUCUAUACACAAUCUUUUAACACGUGAGUCACUGAAUACAAUUUAAUGAAUGCAAAUCAGUUAUUGUGAAGAACUUAGAAAUUUCACUUUGUCAUUAAUUUUUUGGAAAUUUCACUUUGUCAUUAAUUUUUUGGCCCAAUUACUAACUAGACUUUGUUAGUAGUUAUUCAUCUAUCUAUAUAAAAUAUUUUCAUGAAAGGCGAAGAUAACGAACAGUGAUCAAUCAUCUAUUUAUAUAAAAUCUUUUGAACGCAUGUAUAUUGAUUAAUGAAGGAAAGUCAAUCAUUGUGAUGUACUAAUUGAUUGAAUUGAAUUCUAUAGCCUUGAAUUAUAGUACAUCUACUACUGAGUACUUGCAUGUAUGCAUGUACUUGUUUUUGUGUGAUGAACAACUAAUGGAACAUUAUUAUGUGAAUGAUUGUAUAUUAUUUGUAUUAUAUAAACACUAUUUAGAGUA